GGUUGCUGGGAUAGGCGCAUGCGCUGUGUUAGUCAGUGACGAGACGUGAAACUUGGAGGUGUCUUCCGAGUUCCCCAAGUUUGUCCCGCAGAAAAACCUGAUUUUCACUGCGUUUUCACACGGAUACGAGCCGGGAUCGAGGACUAAGCCCAAGAUGGGGCUCCUUCCGUUGGAAUUUAGCGAGUGUUACACGGACAGCCCGUAUUUUCGGGACAACAUCCACACACACGAGGCCGAACUGGAGCGGACCUCCCAGGCCAUCAAGCAGCUUAUCAAGGAGUCGAAAACCCUUCUCCAAGCGGCCAGAAACCUGUCCAAGGCCCAGCGCAGUUUCUGCCAGCUGCUGCAGGACUUCAAGUUUGAGUGUAUUGGCAGCACCAUGACUGAUGAUGAGAUAGAGAUAGAGAGUUCCUUCAAGGAGUUUGGUCGGCUGAUCGGCUCUAUUGAAGAUGAGCGGGACAGGAUGCUUGAAAACGCUUCCGCCGUGCUGAUUGAGCCGCUUGAAAGAUUCCGUAAAGACCAAAUACAUCCUGUGAAGGAGGAAAAGAAGAAGUUUGAAAAGCAGACAGAGAAAUUCUGUACUUCUCUGGACACGUACAUGAAACUGUCUGCCAAGAAACAGAUGGAGAAACUUCAAGAGGCGGAUGCCCAGCUGGACAUGGAGAAGAGACACUUCCAUGAAAGCUCCUUACAGUACGUCUUCAAGCUGCAGGAGGUCCAGGAGCGGAAAAAAUUCGAGUUUGUGGAAACUUUGCUGGGCUUCAUGUACGCAUGGCUGACGUUCUACCAUCAGGGUCAUGAGGUGGCCCGAGAGUUCAGGUCGUACGGCCAGGACCUCCAACUCAGACUACAGAACACAAGAGAGCGGUUUGAGAGCACCAGGACAGAGGCAGAACACCUGAUGAGGAAGAUGCAGGAGAAGCCGAUUGAGCAGGGUCCCAAUAAGACAUACACCAAGCAGGGCUACCUGUUCGUACAGGAGAAAAGACCCAUAGGCUAUGCCUGGGUGAAGCAUUACUGUAUGUACCAGAAGGAGAACAAAAUCUUCACCAUGAUCCCCUACACACAGACCCAAGGAAAACUGACCAGCAGCACAGAAACAAUAAUCCUCAAGUCAUGUGUAAGGAGAAUGUCAGACUCCAUAGACAAGAGGUUCUGCUUUGACAUCAUGGCCAAUGACAAGGCCACGAGCAUCACAGUGCAGGCCAUGUCAGAGGAUGACAGGAAGGCGUGGCUGGAGGCCAUGGAUGGGAAGGAACCAUCGUUACUCUUUCAGACUCAGAUUGGGCCCUAUCAGCCUCCACCUGAAUACCGCCAUAAGAUCUACCAAGUGCCUGGUACUCCAUCUUCAACUGAAGAAAUCUGGAAUGUAAUGCCAUUCUUAGUCACAAAGAAGAGUAGUGUGGAGUCAAUGACAGGUACGGAGACAUGUCCCUCUCCGGGGUGCAGGUGGAGGUUUCUCCCACAUGACUUGCUGAAUGACAUAGGAUUCACCUUCAUCAAGAGAUGUAUUCAGUCUAUAGAGACAAGAGGUAUUGAGGAGCAGGGCCUGUACAGGGUAGUGGGCGUCAACUCCAAGGUCAAGAAGCUAACAGAACUGUGUCUAGUAGACAGGAGAAAAGCAGACAAGGUGGACCUGGACGAGUAUGAGAUCAAAACCAUCACCAGCGCACUCAAGAACUACUUUAGAGGGCUACCUGAACCACUACUGACAUUCAAGCUUCACCAGGAGUUUAUUAAUGCAGCAAAACAAGAGUCCAGGACCUUAAGGAUCAACGACAUCCACAGGCUGGUGCACCAGCUGCCGGAGAGCAACUUUGAGAUGCUGGACAUGCUGAUUGGUCACUUACUCAAUGUUGCAAAUCAUUCCAAGAAGAACCUGAUGUCUAAGCCUAACCUGGGCGUGGUGUUCGGCCCCACACUGAUGAGACCUGCAGAGGAGACGGUGGCGGCCAUCAUGGAUAUCAAGUUCCAGAACAUCAUCGUGGAGAUCCUCAUAUCCAACCAUGAACAGAUUUUUAAGACAGCACCAGAAGGCCAGGAGCUGUCGUAUCGAGGGACCAGAGCCCUGCCAGUGGCCUCCCCUCGGGAAGUUGCCAAAAACGCCCAGUUCCCGAUGCCAUCGGUCCCGCCCCCCUCUGCAGCCCCCCCGGCCCCUCCCCCGGCCUCAGCCAAACCCACCAAGGCCAGCCGACCCGUGGGGAUGUACAGCCCCAACCCCACCCCUGCACCCAGGUCACCCACCAGGACCAACUCAACCAACAAGUCUACAGAAAAUUCCUCAGGAGCGUACAGUAACUCCCACAGCAGCAGUUCGGAGUCGCUGAUCUCCAGAUCGUCCAACGACACGCAGUCGUCCCAGUCCAGCCCGCAGCUGACCAGGCUGCAGGGAGGCACGCACCUCAACAACCCUGUCUACUCCUCCCUCCAUCUGUCCUCAAACCAGAACCAGAAUUGUCAACCCAGCACCAAGCCAGAACCAUUGAGGAAAACCAAACAUCCCAGGAAGUUUGUUUGUUUAACAGCCAGUCUGACUCCCAGUCCUCCCUCACCCAGACCUGCCCAGAACCAGACGUCCGCCCAGCCGGCACCCAGGCUCAAGUCCAAGUGUGUGAAAGCGCUGUAUGCCUGUGAGGGGGAAAAUGACCAGGAACUGUCCUUCAGACCAGGACAGAUCAUAUACAAUGUGAAACCUUCUAACGAGCCGGGCUGGUUGGAAGGCUGGCUGGACGGGAAGAAAGGACUUUUACCCGAGAACUAUGUGGAACCCUUCUAGCACUGUUUAACACUGCAUCGUAGGAUCUUACUUGUCUCUACUUCUACUCACUCAAGCACUUUGCACCUGAGUCGCAGAACAAGAACAGAAGGAGGAAGACCCUGCUUUCUUAAAGGUUUGACCAGCCCUGAAGAUGGAAGUUGCUUGGUCUGGGAUGUACGUAGAUUACAGAACUACCACUGCUGUGUUCAUCUAUUACAGACACUAGAGACAUUCAGCUUCAGAACAGUUGCCCUAAUGUACAGUAGAAGCAUAAUUUGAACAUACGUACAUACAUGUACAAAGACAUUUUACCAAAAAUUGUGACAACACAGGAACUUCAGCACCAAGGACAGGUACAGCAUAUAUAACUUCAUCUACAUGUACAUUGUUGCUGCCAUCUGCCUUUGUACUAUACAUGCCAGGCAUGGUUAGUGCUUACAGCAAGGCUUUCUACAUGUUUGACUUCAUAGAAAUUCAGGUGAGAAUUUCAGUGUGUCAAAUUCAGACUCACAGAUACAGAGAUUAGAACAAACCAACAACCUGCCUGUUUCCAGUUUGGAUCUUACAUGCUGUUGUAUAGAAAUGUGUGCGUGGCAUGGCAACAGUGAUACAAAUAAAGCUACAGCAAAGCAACACUGUGUACAUGUAUAUCUCAUGGCAGGGGUCGGGUGGUGCCACUCUCUACAGUACGCUGUUACUCUUGUACAGAAGGCACAGUGUCAGGAGAAACAUAGGGCUAGAACCAACCUGGUAGAACGUACGUGUGUCUGCUUUUUGUACAGCCUAAGUGGUAAGUGAGCUCUGUGUAAGAUACGAGCCUUUAGAUGGAUUGGUACAUUGUAGAUUACUGGAAACUUUAUUGCCUUAGGUUUGGAUGCAGUGAAACAAACAAUGCAAACUUUCCAGUGUGAUUGUAGUCAUGGAAAGUUCCAAUUACUUGCCUCUACGAGGGGCAUUUUAUGAGGUAAGAACAAAUAAAGCUUUUACAUACAUUUAAUAUGAACAUUGAAAGUUUGACUGUAUAAUGUAUGUGAACACCCCAGUCUCACUUCUGUAUUGUUGAAGUAUUAUAAUUUACUUAAUGAGACCAAUUAUUAAACUUAUACAAAUGCUACUUUAUGAUUUGUUUGUGACAAAAACAACAUGUACUAAGUUAAUCACAAUUGAAAAGUAUGAUUAUUUAAAACCAUGUUGACUCCAGAAAGAUUACGAUUCUUUCAGUAUUUCUUAUCAGCAAAUUUAAGAUUAUGAUAAUUCAUGCGUUAGUCAUACAUAUUAUUGACAAAACUUAUAGAUUAUACUUAUUAUGAUAAGCAUUUUACAAAAACAGCAUUUUACAAGUCACAGCUUUCUGAAAACUGACUGUAGAUUUGCUUUUCAUUUGCAAAGAAACACAUUGGUGGGGUCUUUCCUGUACAUAGAAGAAAUACUGUUAGUAGUGAACUUUGGUGCUAAUUAUAUGAAUCUUCAUCAUUCUUCAACAUCUUAUCCUUCAUUCCCUCUUCUGUUGAUUCUAUGUAAGUAUAUAUAUGUAUAUUAUUGUUGUUGAACAUAUUGUUCAAAGUUUCCUUUCAAGUGUUUGUACAUUGGCUUUGAUUUAUGUAGUUUGAUUUUGUUUCUGUACUUCUCAUACUGAGAUGCUAUGUUGAGAAACUUUCUAUAAAAGAGGCUGUUUUGACCCAGUGUUGGACAUGUCUUGGCAAGGUGUACAUACCCUACAUUUCCAGGACUGAUGAAUAGACUGUAUAGUGUAUACUGUGUAUUGAAGUGACAUAUAGAUGGCUGUGUUUUCCUACAUUGAAUUCCGGCUGUAGUGUUGAUUCGUGUGCACACAUCUUCAUAGCUUCAAGUUGUUCAGUCACAACUAUUACAGUAGUGCUAUGCACCUCACGAUAGAUGGAAUAAACCUUUAUUUUGAUAGCCAGUUGGUAUUACACUGGUGCAGACUGGAUCACUUUCUAGUAUUGAUUUUAAUAAUUAUCUUUGUUUUACAUCUAGAUGAUUGGAAUCUACAUGUAAAAAGAACAUGCUUAAGACUGGGGAAAGAGUGGAAAAUAUUUUUACUAUCCAUGUUAAAUACUCAACUGAUGUAGGAGAACCACAGCCACACUACAGACAAUGUGAAUGGACAAAUAAACCUAAUUCCAGAAUUC